CGCACGGAGAACCGAUCAGAGCGACACUGGCGAUGAGAUGAAGCGAGCUCACAUGAGAAGAGGAAGCUGUGGUCUUCUGGAGCCACUACUCGUCUGGAUCCAUGUGCUGAAACACUGAUCUGCUCUGAGCUUUACUGGAGGUUAACAUCGGACACACCUGCGCGCGCACACAGGUUUUCUGAUGGCUCUGCUCGUGCUGCUGCUGCUGCUGCUGGGCUCGGCGUCAGGCUCGGCCCCGGGACCCCAGUGGCCCCUUCAGCGUGUGCCUGUGGUUUGGCCCCAGCGGACGGAGGAGCGUCCAGCGCCUCACUUCCUGCGGCCCGCUCAGCUGGAGCUCAACUCUUCCUGUGGCCCCGAGUGCCACAAACAGGCCCCUGCUCCCAGCUACUGGGACCUGCGUCAGUUCCUGUCCUACGAAACGCUGCACUCCAGCGGCCAGCUGACCGAGACUGCGGUGGGCAUCUACGGAUUUGAUGCCGAGGCCUUCUACAGGCCCCCCACCGGCCGCUCCAGACGCAGACGCCAGAUCUUCGGUCCGGACAGCCGCUUCAGUAUCGUCGGCCAGGACUUCCUCAUGAACUACCCCUUCUCCACCGCGGUCAAGCUGUCCACCGGAUGCUCGGGGACGCUGGUGGGGGAUCGGCACGUCCUCACGGCAGCACACUGCAUUCACGACGGAAAGAACUACGUCAAAGGAGCCCAGAGGCUGAAAGUGGGCUUCCUGAAGCCACGGCAGAGAGAGAUGUCUGGCAGAAACAGCUCUGGAGCGGGGAAGAUGAAGUUCCAGUGGAUCCGAGUCAAGCGCACACACGUGCCCAAGGGCUGGAUUACCAACACUGGCUCAGCCAACGACAUCGGCAUGGAUUACGACUACGCCCUGCUGGAGCUGAAGAAGGCCCACAAGCGGAGGCACAUGAAGCUGGGCAUCAGCCCCGCGGUCAAGCAGCUGCCCGGGAAGCGAGUGCAGUUCUCUGGGUUUGAUAACGACCGGGCGGGUCAGCUGGUGUACCGCUUCUGUGAGGCCGGGGAUGAAACCUACGACCUCCUGUACCAGCGCUGCGACGCUCAGCCGGGGGCCAGUGGCUCCGGGGUCUAUGCCCGCAUGUGGAACCGCAGACGCCGGCGCUGGGAGCGUAAGGUCAUCGGGAUCUUCUCCGGACACCAGUGGGUGGACCUCAGUGGCACGUCUCACGAGUUCAACGUGGCGGUGCGCAUCACUCCGCUGAAGUUCGCCCAGAUCUGCUACUGGAUCAAGGGAAACUACGUGGACUGCAGAGAAGGCUAAUCGCAGCGGAGCGCUUUGCUUUCUGUCCCUUAGCACAUAAGAUCCUCUCUAUUAUUUCAUGCAGAAAAGUUGCACAGAUCAAAAUAUGCUUCAAUAACUAAUAAACCACUUAAUUCUUAGGUUUUUUUUAACACUUGUCUAGCCUUGUGCAAAAGAAUGGAGUCAAAUCAGUGCCAUACAUACUUGCAAAAGGAUAGAUUUUAUUUGGGAAAAAUCAUACAAAACCAGCACUUUUUUGCUUAGCAAAAUUGUUAUUUUUUUCUGCAAUACUUCAAUCCUCUUCAAGUAUAUGUGGCAUUGAUUUAACUUACUUUAAAUCAAGUAAGGUUCUCUACUGACAGCCAUUCUAUCGUAGCACAUAUCGUUAUAAUAUAGCAGAAGGUUUAGGAGUGCUCAGGACAGUCGUCGGUGAAGGACUGGACACAGAAAGGCACGGACAUCAGCUUGUUCGGUUCAUAGGACUUCUGCGGUUUCUAUUUUCUCUAAUGUACUGAAGUGUGAGGUGCUUGCUUCUCUGGAAAUUGAGAACUACUGUAUGAAAUACUGCUUUUACAGGCGUGUGCUUCCCUCUAGUGGUCAGAGACUGUUCUGCAGAGGUCUACACACAAACACA